CGGUAAAGCUGCUUAUUCCGUUGGUGUUCGUCUUUUAUUCAACAAUAUAAGUAAUAAUAAUAAUAACAAUAGUAAUGUAACAGUUGGCGCAAAUUAUUUCAUGACAUAUCAUAGUGUUUUAAAAAGUCCAGAUGAUUAUGUGAAUGCGUUGAAAGCAGCAAGAUAUUAUGCGAAUAAAAUUACUCAAUCAUGGUAUGCAACAACAACUGAUCGUAAUGAUGAUGAUCAUGAUUACAUGACUGGACCAAUUCGUCGGAAUACUGUAUUCCCUUACAGUGUAUUCUAUGUAUUCUAUGAACAAUAUUUAACAUUAGCUAAUGAAGCAGCAUUUCAACUUGGUAUUUGUUUACUUGCUAUAUUUAUUGUAACGUUGAUAUUUUUUGGUUGUGAUAUUAUUGCUACAAUCAUGGUAAUAUUUGGUGUCAUGUAUAUUGUGAUUAGUGUAUCGGCGAUUAUGGUUCUAUGGUCAAUAACAUUGAAUGCAUUAUCUUUAGUGAAUUUAGUUGUGGUAAGUAAAAAUGUAAUUUUG